AUGGCGAUAUCCCCUAUCACCUUUGUCCAUCCCAUUAUUGGAUCCGUUCAAGGGAUUCAGAAAUCUCCUCGUGUUAACCAGUAUUUGGGUAUACAAUAUGGAACGUUAAAGGACAGGUUUUCUCGAGGAGAGCUUCGACAAAGCUACGAGGAUCUCAACGCAACAGAGCUAGGGCCCAUCCCGUUCAGUCCUCCUAAUGGGUGUGAAUGGGAGCACAAGUUGCUCCAGCAAUCCCUGCCCUUCUCGUCCUUCCGUGAGUCCGACACGGAAUGCCUGACGCUCAACAUCUGCGCCCCCAGCCAGAAGAGCGAUGCUCUCCUUCCAGUCAUGGUCCUCGUGCAUGGAGGCGCAUUCGCCACCGGUAGCAGCGCUUAUCCUCAAUACGACUUGGCUGCCAUCACGGAACUGAGCGUUACCGCCGGGAAACCCAUCGUAGCUGUCAGCGUCAAGUAUGAAAUUUAUUCCCUGUCUUCUACGGCCUCGGUGACUUUUAUUGGAGAGAGUGCCGGUGCUGGACGAGCAGAUUCAGGCGCUCCUGACCGCGACAAGCGACGACUAUGGUUCCAAAAUUGGGCGGAAAUUCCCCAUGGCCCCCUUGUUGAUGGGUCGAUCAUUCCCGAGUUGACUUCGUACGCUGCGCUGGCUGCUCCCGAGGAGACGCUUAGGCUGUUUCCUGGAUUGAAGGAGUGCAAGCGCAUCUUGGUUGGCGACUGCCAAAUGGAUGGAAUGGCGUUUGCUAGUCGCCUGACAAACCGAUCCGACAUCUUGGCCAAGACCCUCCAGACAUGCCUAUCCGGCGUAUUUGACUCUAUUGACCCGAGCAUUGCGUCGUCAAUAGUGAAGGCGUAUGGCGUAGAUGUCGAGGCCAGGGAGAACACGCUUCAGACAAUCGAGCCGGUCCUCAAUUUCGCCAACGAUGUCUUGUUCGCCCUGCCGGCCCAGUCCAUUUCCAAGGCGUGGGCGAGUUCUUCCGUUUCAGGAACAGAGGCAUUCCUCUGUCACUUCAAUUGCCCGAAUCCGUGGGACGGCCCAUGGAAGGGAUACUCUACUCAUAUCUUAGAUAUCGCCUUUGUGCUAAACAACUACAACGGUCUGCUAUCUAGUGGCCAGGCCGAGUGCGCCCAAAGAUACGCGCGAGACAUUAUUAGCUUUGUCCACGGCGAUAGGCCCUGGAAGGCGUUCAGCCAGGGCCCGGAGUCUGGCUCCAUGGUUUAUUACGCGGGAGAAACGAGCACGGAGGACGAAUCCAAGUAUGUUGCGGGGCUGCUCCGGAGGAGCAACACUGCCGCGGAGCCACAACGUCGGGGCCCCGAGGUUCUCGACUUUCGCACCGACCACCCCAUCCCUACGCCUCAAGAUGGCCAAGUUCUCGUCAAGAACACGCUCUCAGGAAUCAACUUCAUUGACACGUACUUCCGUACGGGCCUCUACCCUUCUCCCAAGCCCGAAGUUCUCGGCAGGGAAGCCGUCGGAGUCAUCGUCGCGCUAGGCCCCAAGGCCGAAGAACACAACUUCAAGGUCGGCGACCGGGUAGUGUGGCUAGGCAAUGGGGCGUACGCCGAGUACUCGGCCGCGCCCGUGACCCAGAUGAUGAAGCUCCCCGCCACGCUCUCGGACGUCGACGCCGUGGGCAGCUACCUGAGCGGGCUCACGGCGCUGGCGCUCGUGCAGGAAGCGUACAAGGUAAAAGCCGGGGACUGGGUUCUCCUGCACGCGGCGGCCGGCAGCACAGGCAUCCUGAUGACGCAGAUCCUCAAGGCGAUCGGGGCCAAAGCGGGCAAGGACUGGGUCAACGAGGUCAAGCGCGUCACGGGGUCUCAGGGCGUGGACGUGGUCUACGAUUCGGUGGGCAAGGAUACCUGGGAGGGUGACCUCGAGGUCGUCAAGAGGAAGGGCACUAUUGUGUGGUUCGGGAAUGCCAGCGGUCCGGUUCCGCCACUCCCCUCAACUAACACCUUUGUCGCUAGUCUGCUCUCCAAGAAGUGCGUCAAAGUAGCCCGUCCAACCCUGUUCGGGUACAUUGCGACGCGGGAGGAGUUUGAGCACUACGCCAACGAGCUAUUCCGCUUUUUAAUGUCCGGGGAGCUGACCGUCAAGGUGCAUGCCACUUAUGGGCUGGGCGAGAUCCAGCAAGCACACAAGGUGAGAACCCGACGAUAG